AUGGCAUUUGACCACGAUAACUCUGUCCAGGACUUCGCCGUCUCCAAGCAGGAAUACCUGAAGCUGCGUCCAGAUAUGAGUUUCCGCCAUAUUGCCACAAGCGUGCUUGUCGUGAGCCAAAGUUUUGGAGGCGAACCACGAAUUCUGCUCCUUCAGCGUGCGACCAGCGACUCGCAUCCGAACAAGUGGGAGCCUCCAGGAGGAGCCUGCGAUGACGAAGAUCCCAGCAUUCUCCAUGGUGCUGCUCGAGAGCUGCGGGAGGAGACUGGGUUGAAGGUUUCUCGCUUUGAUGCUGUGGUUGGUGAACCUUAUCACUUUGAGGUGAGAAGUGGUCGGAGAGUGGCGCGGUUUCAUUUCGCUAUCAGAAUCAGGGUCGAUAGUGGAGCGUUGCCGGUGGUGAGACUUGAUCCGGCGGAGCAUCAGCAUUUUGUGUGGGCCAGCGAAGCUGAGAUUGUGGCAAGGAAGUCAGGUGGGAUCGGUCUUGAGUUCACGAAUGAUUAUCUGACGGAUGUUCUGGUUCUGACUCUACGGAACUGCGUCCAGCUACCAGUGGCGCUUACAUAA